GUGCAGGGGGAUCCUGGUAAUAAUAGGGAAGAGAAGGAGGGAACAAUGGGAUGAGGCUCCUAAGUGCUGAUUUCCAGGGGCAGGAAGGCGGGGAGAGGGCAGGGAAGUGUCCCCAGGGAAAGGGAUCCCUGAGUGGAUCUGCUGGUCAGGGCCAGAGUGGGAACUGGGAACAAGGAUUUUGGGAAUGCAGAGCAGCAGGAAGGGGUUUGCCCUCUCCCUCCUGCGCUUUCCAGAGCCCAGUCACUCCCAGUAUGAGCCCAGUUGCUCCCGCUAUAUCCCACUUGCCCACAACAUGGUCCCAAUUGGCCCCAGCAUAGUGCCAGUCACUCCAGGUAUGAUCCCAGUGUGAGCCCAGUUUCUCCCAGUAUGAUUCCAGCUGCCCCAGCUGUGGUUCCAGUCCCCCCAGCAUGGUUCCAGUAUCUUCCAGUUGAUCCCACUUGCUGCCAGCAUGGACCAAGAAGCUCCCAGUAACCCCCAACCAGCAUUUCUCCUUCCCAAAGCUUGGCCAGAUGGAGGAGGAGGCUGCGAGGAAGAGGAAGAUGCCCCAGGACCCCCAGGCAGGUGAGGAGGAAGUCAGUGCCCCUUUGCCCCUGUCUUGUCCUGUAUCUCCCAGCUGAGCAUCGCCCCCGGCUGCAGGACAACCCCGCUGCCGCCGCCGCCGUCCUGCCGGGGCCGGAGUUGGGGGGAUGUCCUUGGCCUUCCCUCUGGGCCGGAGGCAAAUCCCCUCCCUGUCCUUCUUCCCUCCUGCCCCAGGCCCCGAGCUGAGGACGGAGAGCCCGGAGGACAAAUCCCCCCGGCAGAGCCUGGUGGGAGAGGCCGUUUUGAAGGGCUCCAUGGCGCAGGAAGGCAGCGGGGAGGGAAAGCCACGGAGAUCUCCCAGGAGGAGGGUCUCCAAAGCCAGCCCAGGGUGCUCUGAGGAGGAAAGACCCACCCUGUGCCGGGAAGGCGACGAGAGCUUGAGCGAGAGCUCUGACAUGGAGGUCCAUGAGCAGCUCCAUGCUGGGAAAAGGCCGUUCAAGUGCUUGGAAUGUGGGAAGAGGUUUAGCAAGAGAUACCACCUGAACCGCCACCAGCGCAUCCACACCGGGGAAAGGCCCUACAAGUGCUCGGAGUGUGGGAGCAGCUUCAGCCGGCGCUUCUGCCUGAUCCGCCACCAGAUCGUUCACACCGGAGAACAACCCUACCAGUGUGGGGAAUGUGGGAAGAGCUUCAAUGACCGCUCCAACCUCAUCACCCACCAGCGCCUGCACUCCAGGAAACGGCCCUACAAGUGCUUAGAAUGUGGGAAGAGCUUCUGCCUGAGCUCCGACCUGGUCCGCCACCAGAAGAUCCACAGUGGAGAACGGCCCUACAAGUGUCCUGAGUGUGGGAAGAGGUUUAAGACCAGCUCACACCUCCUCCUGCAUCAGCGGACGCACACAGAUGAGAGGCCCUUCCUCUGCACCGACUGCGGGAAGAGCUUCAACCGCAACUCCCACCUUGUCCUGCACAGGCGCAUCCACACUGGAGAGAGGCCCUACAAGUGUGACGAGUGUGGGAAGAGCUUCAGCCAGAGCUCUGCCUUGACCUCACACCAACGGACCCACGAGUAAGCGAAGCCCUGUGAGCACCUCAACUGUGGGAAGAGCUUCGUCUGCUGCUCCAACUCCAUCACCCAUCGGAGGACACAUUGGUUCCACAGUGACCCACAUUGGGCACAGAUCUGUUGACUCAUGUUCCAGAUGAUCCAUGCUGGGCAGUGUAUUGGGUUUGCCAGGUUUUGGUAGCAGGGGGACUCCAGGGCUGGGUUUAGUGAGCAGCUGCCAGAAACUUCCCCCAUGUCCAGCAGAGCCAAUUCCAGCUGGCUCCAGGACGGACCCGCCGCUGGCCAAGGCCGAGCCCAUCAGAGAUGACAGUGACGCCUUGGGGAGAAUGUAUUUGUCUUAGUUUUAGCUGCUCCCCCCAGGGCUAGGAGCUGGGGUGGUUGGUCCCAGGAGAGUUUCCCGCUGAGGGACCAAUUGCAGCUGUUCUUUUUUGCUCUUUUGAAAUUAGAUAUUCACAACAGCCGGAAAUCGUUGGCAGUUUUAGUUGUGUGUGAGAGCGUGUGUGUGAGAGAGAGAAGCCGGAGGGGUGGAUGGGGGCCCCCCAUAACCCAGGGGGGGCCCCUGUGCCCCCACGGCCCUGGCUCAGCCAGGGCUGGAGGCAGUGUGUAGGAGUAUGUGUGUGUUGUGAGGGAGACUCACUCUUCCCCCCCCAGCUAGACUGCAGGGCUUGGGACAGUGUGAACUGGACUGAGUACCCUUUGGCCAAGGCGAGGGAGCUUUCUUUUUCUUCCCCCCCCGCCUGGGAAGGCGGUGGUGUGGAUUCAAGGCAUGCUCGGCAUUGGAGCUAGAGGGGUCCAGAGCCUGGAGAAGUGGCUGGAAUAUAUGGAAAAGCUGGAAGAACUCCAGGCUGAAGGAAUUGGAGACGGGCCAGAGGGCCUCGGAGGUGCCAUACGUUGGGUUUGGACCUGGGCUACUGAAAUUGAAAACUGCAGCAGCUAAGGAAGAGUGAGAGAGCCAAACCAGCAGGUUUUUCUGGGUAAGGACUUUUUGAUGAAAACUAUUUGGGGUAAAAAAGGACUGAGCAGAGACCCAGAGCCUGCAACCUGGAGAGUGAGAAAUGGAACAUCUUAGUCCCUAGGAGGAAACCUUCACGAAACCAAGGAGGAAGGACUCAGAGCUGACUCCCUGGACCUUUUUGUGAUGAAGACCUGGUGAAGUGAGUGUUUCCCUGGCAGCCCAGGAUGAGACCUCAGCAGGAGCUGAGGGCUGGUGGGGGUGCAAGAGAACCCCUUUCCCUGAUACCCCAAUGAGAGAGAGACUUUUUCACUAUCACCCUGAAGACGACUUCUGAACUGAUGUGGGAGGGUUCAAGGGGAGCUGUGUUAAUAUUAUAUAUAAUUGCUUUUUAGUUUGUAUAGUAUUUAUUGGGUAGUAAUAAAUUGUAUGUAAUUACCUUCCCA